CAUCAAGCAGGUGUGAGUGGUGAUGUCACAACGAUACAAAAGAGCUUGAGAGCGCUGUGCCCAGUCAGACAGGAAUCCAGCCAGGUCAUCAGGCUACACAACUUUUUUACUGUGCCAUGGAGGAGCCGGCUGCUGGCUGUGGACUCGUGUUCGUGUGGCGGCGGUGGCGUCGUCAUGAUGGAGAGUUCGUGCCACAAGCACUCGGGGCACCGCUCAUCCGCCAGCCUGUGCAGCAGGCCCUCAUCAGCACGCAGCACGGCCUCCUGCUCACCACAGCUGGUGAGGUUUUCUUUCUCAAAAAUGUGACCCAGGGUUUGGAAGGAGAUGAGGAUUCCACGUUAACCCCUCGAGAAGAAGCCACGAGAAACCUCAGAGAAAAAUAUCCGCGAUCGUCGGACUCUAGCUCUGCAGACAACACUGACGUUCCGCCAAGCGGAACACAACUCGGCUCAUUGGACGUAAACCUGCACACAGCAGCAGUCGCUCCCGAAAAUGCCAAGACACAAGUAGAGGAGGACAGCACCGCUUCAGCCAAUCCAGCCUCUGAACCGUCAGAGGAUUGUCAGCAGCCUGGGCCUACGGACGGUGCCGACGCGUGGGACAUCGCCCCGAUGAGGGCCUUGCUCGGGAAGGUCGUCCUGAGCGUUGCGGUGGGGCGGACCCACUGCGGCGCUGUGUGCUCGGGCGGAGUGCCCUUCAUGUGGGGGUGCAACACCCACGGCCAGUGUGGCAGGAGCGCGCCCGACGCCAUCGGCAGUCCCGCUCCGGUGCCCACGUUCGAAGCGGGCCCUGGCAGAGAGGCACCGCCGCUGGCCGACGUGGCCCAGCUGGCCUGCGGGGACGCCUUCACGCUGGCCCUCUCGCUUCGCGGAGAAGCGUGGGAGUGGGGCGGUGUGCCGGGCAGGAGCGGCGGCGGUGACUGUGGCAGCGGCAUGGCGGCGGUGGUGCCGCCGCGUGUGGUAGAGGCACUGCGCGCCGUCUGUGUGGUGCAGGUGGCGUGCGGGGCGCAGCACUGUCUCGCGCUGGCACGGCGAGCACGGAGUACAGUGGCGGCAGCGGCAGCGGUGGCCGGCCCCGAGCCCGACACGUGUGCCCACUGCAGGCAACUGUUGGUGACCAUGACUGACGCAGCGGACCACGUGGUCAUUUCCGACGAGCACCACUGCCUCGCGUCGGAAGCAGUGACGGCAUCCAAUCAGUGCGGCGGCGAGACUGAGAGGGGUGUCGUUCGUGCCCACCAUGAUAGCUCUCUGCCCGAGGAGAGCAAGGUCCCAGUGCAAAUGGCUGAGGACAUCUUAGAGUCACAGAGCCGGGCCGUUGAGGUGGAGACGUGCAGCUUGGGCCGUGGGGAGGGGUCUCGGGUGAGGAGCGUGGAGGCGGAGGAGGGCGAGGGCGGCGGGCGCAAGUGCCUGAGCCUGGUGGACGUGCGCGCUGUACGUGAGGAGUGCUCGCGCCGCCUCUCCCUGCCCGGCCUGGUUCAGGGCCUGGCCCACGUGUCACGCUUUGCAAGAAAGGCCGAUGACAGCAGAGAGGGCGCCCGGCCGGGCCCCGCAACAUUGCCCAGCUCCCCCGAGGCCGAGUGGGCCUCAAGUCUGCCGUGCCUGCAGACCGAGCUGUGGAGCUGGGGCCGUGGGCUCGAGGGCCAGUUGGGCCUUGGAGACUUCAACCCCAGGGCAGAGGCCGAGUGUGUGAAGACGCUGAGCGGACAGGAGACGGUGAAGGUGGUGGCUGGAGGUUAUCACUCCAUGGCUCUCACCAGCACGGGACAGGUUUGGUUGUGGGGCUGUAACUCUCGGGGUCAUCGUGGCCACGCGAGCUCCUCUCCGCCGUUGCCCCGCUUGCUCAUGGGCCCACCUGCCCAAGCGGUUUGGGACAUCUCGGCUGGAGACUUUGGCUCCCUGCUACUCUGCGACGGGCCUGGACACUGCCCACGGCUAUUCCACGUGGGAGGGGAGCCCACACUUGCGAGCGUUGCCGUCAUCCCCGUACCAGAGCAGGUUGGCCACGUGUUCAGUGUGUCGCUGAGUGGGAACGUCUUCGUGUCUCUGUCGGAUGGGGGCCCCUCCUUCUCCUCCGCCACCGCUGCCGCCGCCCCUGAGGGGUUUGUGGCUGCCCUGCAUGAGUUAUCGGCUACGGAGCGCACCUGCUACCGCGAGCUGCAAGCAGCCAAGACUCACGUGCUCAAGCCUCUGCUGAACUCAGAUGCAGUGGCGGCGCUCCGAGGGUCCGCGGUGGAGGCUGCCUUCCGGGCUGCUGUCGACACCUUCCGCAGCACCUGCUGGCUGCUGGGCCAGCACGGGGCCAGCCUGGGCACGUUCCUGGGCGGCAGGCGCGACGUGGGAGACCUGUUCGUCGUCUCCCAACUCGCAACCCACACGCAGACGUUUCAGAAGUACUUUUCAUCCUUCACCAACCUGCUGGUGUUGGAUGGAAUUGAAGUAAUUUCCCGCAUAGCCGGGGAGUGCCUAAAAGUUGGUUUGCAAGCACUCAAACAGUUGGCGCAAGGACAGGCGAAUGAGCGAGCGGACGAGGCUUCGUUGGCGGACGGGCUGCUGCGGCUUCUCUCGUGGCCGGGAGACAGAGCCCAGGAGUACGCGAGGCUCACCAAGCAGAUGUGUGGCAGCUUCCCUGGGGGGAGCACUGAGUGGCAGAGCCUGCACAAGGUCUCCAGCUGCUGGGCCGCGCUUGCCGCGUCGCUGGCUCGUGAGCGCGCCGCGGCCGACCGCACACGGCUCUUCUGGGCGGCCUGCUCUUCCAAGCUCACGGAAUCCCUGCGCAGGCCGGAGAGGCGCUUGGUGCGGGAGUCGCGCAGCUGUCCGCUCGCCCUGCACCACACGGCUCGCUUCUCUAUCCACUGGUUCAUCCUGUUCAACGACGCCUUCAUCCACGCUCAGUUCUCCAGCCAUCAGGUGUUCCCGCUCAGCACCGUGUGGGCCGAGCCGUUCUCUGACGAAGACGCCACGAGACACACGCUGAGGAUAAUCACACCGGAGGAGCAGCUCUUGCUCAUCACACCACAUGCCAAGGGCAAGACGGAAUGGCUGUGUGCGCUGAACGACACGAUCGAGCGCGCGCUCUCCAACGCGGACGGGUGGAUGCAUAAGGGGGGCACGGCGCUGGUCCUGGGCACCCCCCUCCACCACGGGUGGGGGGGGCCACCCCCCGUUGCGCGCACGGCCGUGCACACCUUCUACCGUGACGCGCGGCUCAAGCACGCCACCUAUGAGGGCGCCUGGGUGUGCGGCAAGCCCCAUGGCCGGGGAGUGCUCAAGUGGCUGGAUGGACGAGUGUAUGUUGGCGUAUUCCGCAAUGGCCUGGAGGAUGGGUUCGGAGAGCUCUGUGUGCCGAACAAGCUUCUGGGAAAGGAUGAUGUUUAUUGUGGCCAGUGGAAAGCAGCCCGAAUGCAUGGGCAGGGUGCCAUAAGGUACGCGAACGGGGACGUGUACGAAGGUGUCUUCAGUAACGGAGCUCGGCAUGGGCACGGGGUGCUCCGCAGCGGCUCCCACACCUCCAUCUCCUCCAGCCUCUACAUCGGCCAGUGGGCCAACGACUGCAAGUGUGGCUACGGCGUAUUCGACGACAUCACGAGAGGCGAGAAGUACAUGGGCAUGUGGAUGAACGAUUGUCGCCAUGGUAACGGGGUGGUAGUGAGUCAGUUCGGACUUUACUACGAGUGUGUCUUCAGCAGCAACAGGAUGGCGGGUCAGGGUGUCUUGCUGUCGGAAGACGACACGCGCUACGAGGGGGAGUUCACAGCCGACCUCACCCUCAAUGGAAAGGGCGUGCUGACACUGCCCAACGGGGACGCCAUCGAGGGCUCGUUUGGCGGCGUGUGGGGCGGCGGGGAGCUGCGUGUGGCGGGGACUUUCCGCAAAGCCUUCCUGCUGGAGCCGGGUCGAGCAUCGCCCACUCCACCGCAGUGGGGCGGCCUGGCCGUGCCGGUGAAGGACAAAUGGUGCGGUGUGUUUGCCGAGUGCUGGGCCUUGCUGGGCUGCGACCGCGAGGGCCACGGGGAAGCUCGCCGCGCUUGGGACAGCGUCGCGGUGGCCCUCUCCUCAGGGCGGCGCCACGGCCCUCACAGCGCUCAUGGCAGGUCAGAAGUGAUGAGUAAUGCUCAGACCUUGACCAUGGAAAGCCUUGAAAUAAUCCCGCUGUACAACGUGGAGCAUCUGGACAACCGAGGCUAUGAGCAGGUCAAGACCUACCUCACGAAGGCGUGUGACACCGUCGUGCACCCUUUGGGCCGUCUGGUGGCCACGCUGGUGACCGUUUACCGUGCCACUUACGUGGGCGUGGGUGCCAACAAGCGGCUGCUGCCCCAGGCCGUGGAGGAGGUGCGCUCCUACGCGCAGCGCAUCUUCGGCAUCGUACGGUUCCUGUUUCCUGGGCUGCCAGAGGAGGGACAAUGCCUGAGGCCUCCCCAGGAUGAAUCAGCGAACCCUGAGCCCGCAUUGGCAACCUGUGUGGAGGAGGCAGGGGAGACGGUGACGAGCCUGGGCCUGGUGCUGCCACUGCUGCUGCCGCGCCUCUACCCGCCGCUCUUCACACUCUAUGCGCUGCACAACGAGCGGCCCGACGAUGACUUCUGGGAGCGUGUGCGGAGACUUAACAAGCAGUCGGACACGGGGCUGCUUUCCUUCCUCGGGGUGCAGCAGAAAUUUUGGCCCCUGUGUGAGUCAAUGCUCACAGACAAUCAGCAUAGACUGUCGGAGCUGCGUGACAUCUGCUUCGCGGAAGCCGUCGAUUCACUCCAGCAAAUCAGCACAACGUUUACGCCGGAGGACAAGCUCUUCGUCAUCCAGCGCACUUUUGAGCAGAUCAACGAGGCGCUGCGCGGGGUGGUGCAGCCCGACUACGUGUGGUCCAUGGACGACCUCUUCCCUGUCUUCCUGUUCGUGGUCCUGCGUGCCAGGAUCAGGAAUCUGGGAUCAGAGAUCCAGCUGAUCGAGGAUUUGAUGGACCCCUUCUUGCAGCACGGGGAACAAGGCCUCAUGUUCACCACGCUCAAGGCUUGCUACCACCAGAUCCUCCGCGAGAAGCCGACUUGAGAAUGCUCUGCUUGCUCGGCACAUCGCCAUGGAGUCCCAGGGGACCGGCCUUGUGUGAAACGCCGGUGAAGACGUGGGCACACGUAGUGGAGACGACGCCGGGAACAAUAUGGCAGGGCCCCAAUGCAAUGUUUCAUGUUACAGAGUGGUCGUCGAGUAUCAUCAAUAGAACUGAAAAAGGGCAGUUGUCCACUGUAGGUACUAUUUUCUUAAAUAUAUGUGUUGCUUUAAUAAAGAUGCGCGAUCUAAGGGGUUGUUAUACAGUGUUUGUACACAGAGCUUAAAUGGUGAUUUUGAAAGUUACCUUUUGUGAAGGAAAUUGACAGGGACAAAGUAAAUGGGAUUAUAUGCCAUGUCAUAUUACUGUCAUGGAUUUCCCUCGCUUAGAAUCGUGAUCAACACUGCCGAACAUGGCUGUUCCCAUUGAAUGAUCAGAAGCACCAUUAAGCAGGAUAUAAGUAACAAUAAAUACACAGAUGUGCCCCCUUCACAUAUCUGUCCCCAGCACAUUAAAAAUAUUAAAUUGUGUUUAUCACAUCACAUCGGCCACAUGGAAGGCUUUAUUUUAAUUGACCGAUUAAAAAAUGUCGAAUCUGAAACACAAUAACGCGGUGUAACGCUGACCAGGAACCUUAUGGCAGCGGUGAGGCUGCAGAAGCAGCAGCAGUGAGUGGGGGGUGCGUGGCGACAAACCGGCCA